AUGAACCCUUCCUACCUACAGAAUCAUUUUCUGAAAAUAGGGGAGAAGAACUGCUGUGUGUUCCGCGAUGACUUCAUUGCCAAAGUGCUGCCGCCGGUCGUGGGGCUGGAGUUCGUGUUCGGGCUCCUGGGCAAUGGACUUGCCCUGUGGAUUUUCUGCUUCCACCUAAAGUCCUGGAAAGCCAGCCGGGUUUUCCUGUUCAACUUGGCCGUGGCUGACUUUCUCCUGAUCAUCUGCCUGCCAUUCCUGGCGGACAACUAUGUGCGGAGGUGGGACUGGAAGUUUGGGGAGAUCCCGUGCCGGCUCAUGCUCUUCAUGUUGGCCAUGAACCGCCAGGGCAGCAUCAUUUUCCUCACCGUGGUGGCCGUGGAUAGGUACUUCCGGGUGGUCCAUCCCCACCACGCCUUGAACAAGAUCUCCAAUCGGACGGCGGGCAUCAUCUCCUGCCUCUUGUGGGGCCUCACCAUUGGCCUGACGGUCCACCUCCUGCACAGAACAAGGUUGAUUGAGAAUCAGGGUUCGAAACUGUGCAGCAGUUUCAGCAUCUGUGAUGCCUUCCGCUGGCACGAUGCCAUGUUCCUCCUGGAGUUCUUCGUGCCCCUGGGCAUCAUCCUGUUCUGCUCAGUCAGAAUUGUCUGGAGCCUGCGGCAGCGGCAAAUGAACAGACAUGCCAAGAUCAAGCGGGCUAUCAACUUCAUCAUGGUGGUGGCCAUUGUCUUCAUCAUCUGCUUCCUGCCCAGCGUGGCCGUGCGCAUACAUAUUUUCUGGCUUUUGCACAAGGCUGGCACGGAAAACUGUGACAUCUAUCGUUCAGUGGACCUGGCGUUUUACAUCACCCUCAGCUUCACCUACAUGAACAGCAUGCUGGACCCUUUGGUGUACUACUUCUCCAGCCCAUCUUUCCCCAACUUCUUCUCCACCUUGAUCAACCGCUGCCUGCAGAGGAAGGGGCCGGAUGAGUUGGAUAACAACCGCAGCACCAGCGUCGAGCUCACAGGGGAUCUGAGCACUACCAAGAAUGUUCCCGAGGCUUUGAUGGCCAAUCCCAGUGAGCCUCAGAGCCCCUCUUGUCUGAAUCCAGUCUCCAGUUAA